GAUAAGCUGACAGUCCCAGAAACAGACAGAGAGAGGAAGAGAAGGGAGUUACAGAGGAUCUGUGGCAACAGGCUUGGAAUCAGGAAGUAACAUAGCAACACUGAAGAAAUUAGUCAUUUAGUCACUGAAAACGCUGAUUUUAGUGUGUGAGAUGGAUAUCCUGGAGACAGAUGCCUAUGACAGAAGACAACGCAGGAACACGUCCUGUGUUCUGUUUGUCUCUCUCCUUCCUUUCUUCCUGGCUGCUGCUGGCUACUUCUACCUGUGGACUCCUGACUCCUCCCCCUCCCUGCUGGCUGCAGGUGUGAAGGCGGCCCCCACCCUCCUGCUGGCGCUGCUGGUGAUGAGCUACAACGGGGGCCAGAGUGUCCUGGGCGUGGCCGGGGGGCUGAUGCUCUCUGCUGCUGGGGACUGUUGUCUCAUAUGGCCUGAGAUGUUCCUCCAUGGAAUGGCCUCCUUUGCACUGGCCCACCUGUUGUACUCACUCACCUUCCUGUCUGCUCGCUACUCUACGGCCUCCACCUCCUCCAGCUGCUCUCUGGUCCUGUACGUGUUGCUCUGGCUGGUGGGAGGAGGUAUGUACACAUACCUCUUCCCCUUCAUCCAGGAAGCACCAGACUCAGCCGUCCUAACUCCUGGCGUGGGAGUGUACGUCAUCCUGAUUGUCUUAAUGGCAACAUUAGCCUUCCGCACCCGCCACCCGCUGACUGUCCUUGGUAGUUUGAUCUUCAUGACAUCUGACCUGACACUCGCCCUACAGUUGUUCAAUGUGAUCGAACCAACAAACCAAGGAAAGGCAACUGUAAUGACAACAUACUACCUGGCACAGCUUCUCAUAGCCAUGGGUGACAUCAGAGCUGGUGAAAGCACUGACAACUUUGCCAAAUGGAAGAGGUCUUGA